AUGGUUUACUAUAAAGAUGUUUCGUCUUACUUCUCUUAUGAUCUGCGGGAGAUUUUUCGAUUGUUGCGUUACGUCCAGUUUUACAAGCUAUCGCGCGCACAUUUGAAAUUGCAGUGGGCUCGUGAAACUCCAUUUACUAUGGAAACUCAUCCCCAGUCAUCUAGAAGAACCAAAAUUGUUGUAAAUGCGGAUGAUGGAUUUUAUUCAGAUAUUAGAGACCAGGGUAUUGUAUCCUGUCUUUCAGCCAUCAACUGUGGGGUGUCAGAUGUCUCUGUGUUAAUGAAUGGUGCUGUUGCAAGACAUCUACUUUCGGUCUCGGGUUAUCACCGCACACAAUUAUCUGCACUGUUUUCGUAUCUUAUGAAGAAUGAUCUCAUUCCAGGUUUACAUUUUAAUUUAACUGAAGGAAAACCCUUAACGAACAAAAGGUCUUUACAAAGCCUGCUUGACUAUCGUGAUUGCUUUCUGGGCAAGUAUGGAUUUAGAGAACGUUUAUUGUCUUCUGCAGUGGAUAUGAAUGAGGUUGAAUUAGAACUGGAAUCACAGUUGCAAGCAUUUAGACAACUUUUUGGUACAGUUCCCAGUCAUUUGGACGGUCAUCAGCAUAUUCAUGUUUUACCAGGAAUUGAUGCGGUUGUGGCUAGAGUCCUUUCUCGAAAUGGUGUCAAAUGGAUACGUGUCCCUGUUGAAAGAAUUCCUGAAGUUUCUCCGCAUUUAACUGAAACUGAAGCGGAUUUCUAUAAAAAUGUCUCUGAUCAAGCAACAAAGGCAAGAGAAAUAUUUUCAUCUUACAAUUUAAAAUAUACUCAAGGUUUCAUUGGAAUGGCUAUAAUGGGAAAAAGGCAAUCAGUCGAUUCACUGGAUCGUUGUUUAUCGCCAUUGAAAAAUUGUAUUAGUAUAGAAUUUAUGGUUCAUCCAGGAUUUAAAGUAAGCUGCACUGACAACGAUGUAGGUGAUAAUACUUCAGGUUGUGGAAAUCCUGAAGGUCCUGAUUUAUUUUCUCAAUCAGACGAUCGUGAGCAUGAAAUGAAUUUUCUUUUAAGCGAUGAGUUUCAAAAGUAUAUGCUACAGCAUAAUUAUGACUUGGUAACAUUUUCUAAUCUGUCAUAAGUGUCAUAUACUCCUACAUCAUCAUGUCAGUAAUCAUGCUUAACAGUAUUGACUCAUAUUCUGUUAUAUUAAAGUGUGUUUUACCCAUUAGAUUAACACAGAUAUGCACGAUUAAAUUUUGAAAAAA